UGAUACACUCGAGGCUUUUGAUUGGUAACCUGUGGAACCCACGCAAGAAUGUCUCUCUUUUCGACGGAUUGUUCAAUAUUACAGCUUUGGAUCUGAGCAAAAAUCCGAUAUACAGCGCUACACGGAAUACAGAGGAUCUGCCUCCCGGGGUCCUGCAACAGCUUUCCGCUUUACACAAUCUUUCUCUAGAAGACUGCAACCUUUCUAAACUUCAUCCACAAGCCUUCACAGGGUUGAAAUCACUUCGGCUUCUAAUACUAAGAAAUAACAAACUUAAGCAGCUUCCUGUCGAUUUGUUUAAGUCAUUAGAUCAAGUAACAAGCAUUGAUCUUGUUGGUAACGUUUUGACGGACCUUGAUGGAGCGAUCUUUUUGAGUAAUCGAAAGUUAAAAACUCUUCUGCUAUCAAGCAACAGAUUAACACGUCUCGAGCAAAAUACUUUUAAACCGCUCUAUUCUUCUCUGUUAUUCAUCGACCUUUCAAUGAACACUAUCGAUUGCAACUGUGAUCUAAGCUGGUUUCCUACAUGGCUAAGCGGACCACUUAGCCUCAUUGAGGGCGAUGACGACGACGACAAAGCCAUAUGUUCAUCGGAUUCUUUAGAGCCUUUUCGGGACGAGUAUCUAAUUGAUUUCGAUCCUAAAAAGUUCUGUAGCAUCAACAUCGCCCUGGUAUGUUUGCCUACCCUCGCCAUCAUCUGUCUGAUUUUCAUCGUCGCACUCGUAUACCACUACCGGUGGCCGCUGAGGUACAGACUGUUUCUAGUCAAACUGGCAGUUCUUGGCUACAAGGAGAUGCGAGACGCUAGGGAUCAUAAUGAUUAUGAGUUUGACUUGAAUGUCAUAUUUUACGAUGAUGACGAAGAGUGGAUUCGCGAACACCUCCGACCGGCUCUCGCAGAACGGCUUCCGCAUUUUCAGAGGAAUGUCUUUGGAGAUGCGGACCUCGUCCUGGGAAUGCAUUACUUAGAGUCUGUUGACUACGUGGUGAGUCAUAGUUACAAGACCAUCAUAGUGCUCAGCAGUGCUGCUGUGCUUGAUCGCUGGUUCAUACUCAAGUUCCGUACAGCCAUGGACCACGUGAGUGACACUCUGACUGAAUUCGUUGUCGUGGUCUUUCUCGAAGACAUCCCAGAUGAUGAAAUGCCAUUCUUGGCGAGGUUGUACCUCAGUGAUGGCAGACCAUAUAUUCAUUGGACUGAGGGCUUAAGAGGACAGGAGUAUUUCUUCGAUAAAUUGACAACAAAUCUUACCAUCAAUCUCCGGACCAACGACAGGAUCCCCAACGAGUAAUUAGAAUGUGACACAUGUUUCAAUUUAGGGAUGUUUUGCGUGUAUAGUGCACUCUCUUUUGACUGUUAUAUACCUACAUCUUGGAAAUUUUCCUGUGACUGUGGACAUUGCACUUUUUUCGACGGUAUGUGAACAAAAUUAAUGUCGAGAUAUAUUCGUUCUUCGUCUUUUUUAAUCAAAUAUUUUAGCGAAUUUAUAUUUCAAAUUUGGACAU